AUGAAGGCCACACAGCGAAAAGACGAUUCUGUGUCACGCGGAGUGAAGCUGCAGCCGUUCCGCUCGUCCAAAUUGACGCCAAAUGCAUCGUCUUUGGAACACCUAGACCAUCUACUACUUUUCGCUUUAACGGCAUCAGCGGUGCUUCUACGGACCUACAAGCUCACAGAGCCUCCUAAAGUCGUGUUUGAUGAGGUAAAUUUCGGUAGUUUUGUCCAGGAAUACUUCCUGGGAAGGUUCUUCAUCGAUGUUCAUCCUCCACUAGUGAAGCUCAUCUAUUAUGCCAUUGCGGUGCUAUUUCGCUGGGACGGCGAGUUUGACUUCGACAAAAUCGGAGCUGUGUACGAUUCUUCCACGCCAUACGUGGCUAUGCGUCUUUUUUCUGCCAUUUGUGGUGCAUUGACGGUUCCAGUAACGUACCUCACGCUACGGGCGUCAUUUUGUAGAAGCAGCGUGGCUGCAUUCGGUGCGUUCUUGGUUCUCGUUGAAAACUCAAUGGCAACGCAGUCUCGCUUCAUUUUGCUCGACGCGCCAUUGAUCCUCUUCACCGCAUUGGCAGUGUGUAGUUUCCAACACUUCCAACAGCACAGUUUUGGCAGCAGAGGAUACUUCACGCAAUUGACGGCAACAGGCAUCUUUUUGGGCUUGGCUGUCUCCACGAAACUCACUGGUUUGUUCACUAUUGCCUGGGUAGGUCUCUGGACAGCCUAUUCUCUUUGGGUGCGUAUUGGGGACUUGACUGUUCCGGUGUCGUCCAUUGUCUUAGAUCUGGCAUGCCGUUUGAUUGGUCUCUUGGGUCUUCCUUUGACUAUUUACAUGCAGAUAUUCUCCCUUCACUUCCAGUUGUUACCUUACAAUGGCUCUGGCUCUGGCGCCGUCUCGCCAGCGUUCCAGGCUGGGUUCUUGGACUCUGACCAUCUCAGAAACUACGCUGCAGAUGUCUCUUUUGGUAGUGUUAUCACGCUCAGACACCAUCGUCUUGAUACAUAUCUCCAUUCGCAUUCGUACGUUUACAAGCUGGGCUCUGGACAGCAGCAGGUGACGAUGUAUGGAUUCUCUGGCGACAAGAACAGCGAGUGGAUCAUUGAGAGCGCGGGAACUAAUUUCGAGGGCAAGUUCGAUCAGAAAUUCCGUCCCGUCCGCCAUGGAGACUACGUCAAGCUCUACCACAAGAGCACCCAGAAAUACCUCCGAGCCAACGACGUCAGACCUCCUAACUCCGAGCACGACUAUUCCAAUGAGGUUUCUUGUCUUGGAAACAGAACAGAUACAGAACACUCGGAUUACGAAUGGCUGGUACAAAUCACCGAUGUGGCUCCUCACGCUAAUGAAACAGCCAGAAAAACCCUCAAGGCAACCCAGUCCAUCUUCAAGCUCGUUCACAAAGGCACGAGCUGCACUUUGAUGGGCCAAAAUGUCUUCUUGCCAGACUGGGCGUUCCACCAGAACCAAGUUCUCUGUAUGAAUGAUCCUACCAACACCAACAUCAUGUGGUACAUUGAAAAGAACACACACCCUAUGAUUGACGACAACCUCACGGACUUCCCGCGGAUUGACCUUCCGCAACUUCUGUUCUUCCAGAAGUUUGUCGAGUACCACGCAGCCAUGUGGAGAAUCAACAACGGAUUCGUGAAGAAACACGAGUACGAAUCGCUUCCACACUCAUGGUUCUUUCCAAUUCGUGGUAUUGCUUUCUUCAGCAAUGGCCAUGGAUCUAAGAACUUGACCGAUGAGCCUGGCAGCCACAUCUACAUGCUCGGCAACAUGGCUGUGUACGGGUUUGGCAUUAUCAUUGUUCUUAUUUUCGGUAUCAGGUAUUCAUUCUAUUUACUUAAACACAUAAACCCAUUUGGCGUGGCACCAGAGCGCGUGUCUACGACACAGUUUUUCAUUAAGAGCGCCCAGUACGUGAGCGGGUGGUUCUUCCAAUUCUAUCCGUUCGUAUAUCUUGAGCGGAAACUUUUUGCCCACCAUUAUUUGAGCAGCGUCUACUUUUUGAUUCUCGCAACGGCGCAGUUUGCCGAGUACCAGAUGUGUAGCCACAAGAUUGGAGGAUGGGUGACGAUGGUGGUGAUUGGAGCUAGUGCUGCGUAUGUGUACUGGACACUUUUCCCACUUGUUUCUGGGUCCGGCUGGACGGUCCAGCAAUGUCAAGCUGCUAAAUGGCUUCCCACAUGGGACUUUGAUUGUAUGGCCUAUAGCGAAUGA